AUGUUCGUCCUACCUCCUCCGCCUCGCUAUCCAAAUGGCAACCUGUAUACAGGCAUACCUGGAGGUGGUCUGCUCGAGACGAAUAACAUCCUAAGCCACCCCACCGGACCCGAGUAUCAACUAGUCGUCGGCGAAGGCACGUACGUUCUCAAAGAUGACCUCCACCUCGCCACACCUCCACCCCACCCCAGCGAUGCGCCGCAGCCGAACAACAACCCUCUUGCUACUACCAUAGGGCCACAGACGGCCGGCACCAAGCUCUCCAUAGUCUGUCUAUCGCCUCGAAAAGCGCCCCCGCAGAAUCUCUUUCGAACGACAACGGCGCAGAGUGCGCGCUCGGGUCUGCCGCAGAGCAUACAAGAAGAGGUGCAAAGUCCGAGGAGCGAUGCUGGCUCAACUACGAACGGCUUCGGCUCGGCGGGCUACUACAACCAGGCGUCAGGCUUCGGCGACAACAACCCAGCGCUGAGCGCCGCAACACCUGCUAAGGGCAAGAAGGAGGGGCGUGCGAAGCCUAAGAAUAACAUUGUCAAGUCGAACUCGUCCUAUGUCUCGCGGGUGAUACCGCACGAAGCACUGCCGAAGCGCCUGGCAGAGCGGUCAUCUGAGGGACUGUUUGCUUUCGCGAAUGUCAACAGAGCAUACAUGUGGCUGGAUUUGAGCUCGGACAUUAAGACUGAGAACCUGACGAAAGUGCUGUUCACCAAGGCGCAUGCGCUAUGCCACGAUGUCAACGACUUCACGAAAUCCUCCAACCACCUCGACAUUAUCAUGGGCUUCAACACAGGCGAUAUCAUCUGGUACGAGCCGAUGUCGCAAAAGUACGCUCGUCUAAACAAGAACGGCCAGAUCUCGAACUCUCCCAUCCAGCGCAUCCUCUGGCUUCCGAACAAAGAGAACCUCUUCAUCACCGCCCAAUUCGACGGCACCCUCAUGGUCUACGACAAGGAAAAAGAGGAUGCCGCCUUCACUCCCGACGAAUCCUCCGCACCCACCGAAAACGGCGCCACCAACGGCCACACCAACGGCACCACCCCAACAACCAAACCCGGCUUCCGCGUCAAGAAAUCCGUCCAGUCCCGCGAGCAGAAGACCAACCCGCUCGCCGUCUGGAAAGUCUCCAACCUCAAAAUCAACGACAUCGCCUUCUCCCCAGACGGCACCAUGCUCGCCACCGUGUGCGAAGACGGCACCCUCACCAUUCUCGACUACAUCAAUGAGCGUGUGCUGGACGUCUACCGCUCCUACUACGGCGCCAUGCUCUGCGUGACCUGGUCUCCCGACGGCCGGUAUGUGCUCACCGGCGGCCAGGACGAUUUGGUCAGUAUCUGGAGCCUGGCGGACCAGGAGCUCGUGGCGCGGUGUGUGGGCCACGAGAGCUGGGUGACGGAUGUCAAGUUUGAUCCGUGGCGGUGCGAUGAGCGGAAUUAUCGGUUCGGGAGCGUGGGGGAGGAUUGUAAGCUGUUGCUAUGGGAUUUCUCGGUGGGGAUGUUGAGGCGGCCGAAGCCGAGGAAUACUAGGGGUAGUGUGUCCGGGGCGGGGAGGAAGGAGAGUACGGUGGGAGUUGGGAAUCGGAUGCGGAGCAAUUCUUCUCGCUCCGCUGAGGGUGGUGCGGAAGGGGAGGAGGAUGGAGUGGAAGUGGUGCACGCGGUGGACUCGAUGGCGAUUACGGCGCAGCUACCGCCUGUGAUGAGUAAGGCGGCGGACUCGCAUCCGUUGUGUUGGUUGGGGUUCGAGGAGGGCUGUAUUUUGACGAGUUGUAAGGAGGGACACGUGAGGGAGUGGCAGAGGCCGGCAGGGGAUGCGGCGGCGGAGGGGGCGAGGCAGGGGAGUGUCAGUGUCGCUGGUUCGGGCAGGUUCUAG